UUCCUGUAGCGGUAGCGCGGCGAGCCGGGCGAGGAGCGGGGCAGGGACCCAGCUCUCUGGGGCUCAAGACAGAGGAAGGGGCGACAGCCCCCCGGACCCCGCUCCCUGGCCCGGCUGCCGGUCCUGCCAGGUCCCUGGUCCCUCCUCCUGCACCGCAGCUGCAGCCUGGCCCCGGAGGCCUUGGACAGACACGCGGGACUGUCGCUUCACCUCCCAGGUGACCAUGGCCGGCUGGAUCCGCGCCCAGCAGCUGCAGGGCGACGCGCUGCGCCAGAUGCAGGUACUCUACGGGCAGCAUUUCCCCAUCGAGGUCCGCCACUACCUGGCCCAGUGGAUAGAGAGCCAGCCCUGGGAUGCCAUCGAUGUGGACAGCCCCCAAGACCGCGCACAGGCGGCCCAGCUCCUGGAGGGCCUGGUGCAGGAGCUGCAGCGGAAGGCGGAGCACCAGGUGGGGGAGGACGGGUUCCUGCUGAAGAUCAAGCUGGGCCACUACGCCACGCAGCUGCAGAACACCUAUGACCGCUGCCCCCUGGAGCUGGUCCGCUGCAUCCGGCACAUCCUGCACAACGAGCAGCGGCUGGUCCACGAGGCCACCAACGGCGGCUCCCCAAGCCUCAUCGAGGCCCUGUCUCAGAAGCACCUGCAGAUCAGCCAGACAUUCGAGGAGCUGCGGCUGGUGACGCAGGACACGGAGAGCGAGCUGAAGAAGCUGCAGCAGGCGCAGGAGUACUUCAUCAUCCAGUACCAGGAGAGCCUGGGUGUCCAGGCCCAGCUUGUGCAGCUGGCCCAGCUGAGCCCCCAGGAGCGGCUGAGCCGGGAGCCGGCCCUGCAACAGAAGCAGGCGACGCUGGAGGCCUGGCUGCAGCGCGAGGCGCAGACUCUGCAGCGGUACCGCGUGGAGCUGGCCGAGAAGCACCAGAAGACCCUGCAGCUGCUGCGCAAGCAACAGACGGUCAUCCUGGACGACGAGCUGAUCCAGUGGAAGCGGCGGCAGCAGCUGGCGGGGAACGGAGGUCCCCCCGAGGGCAGCCUGGACGUGCUGCAGUCCUGGUGCGAGAAGCUGGCCGAGCUCAUCUGGCAGAACCGGCAGCAGAUCCGCAGGGCCGAGCACCUGUGUCAGCAGCUGCCCAUCCCCGGGCCGGCGGAGGGGACGCUGGCGGAGGUGAACGCCACCAUCACGGACAUCAUCUCAGCCCUGGUCACCAGCACCUUCAUCAUCGAGAAGCAGCCCCCGCAGGUCCUGAAGACGCAGACCAAGUUUGCGGCCACCGUGCGGCUGCUGGUGGGCGGGAAGCUGAAUGUGCACAUGAACCCGCCGCAGGUGAAGGCCACCAUCAUCAGCGAGCAGCAGGCCAAGGCGCUGCUCAAGAACGAGAACACCCGCAACGAGUGUAGUGGCGAGAUCUUGAACAACUGCUGCGUCAUGGAGUACCACCAGGCCACCGGCACGCUCAGCGCCCACUUCCGCAACAUGUCCCUGAAGAGGAUCAAGCGGGCCGACCGGCGGGGUGCAGAGUCAGUGACGGAGGAAAAGUUCACGGUGCUGUUCGAGUCGCAGUUCAGUGUGGGCGGCCACGAGCUCGUGUUCCAAGUGAAGACCCUGUCCCUCCCCGUGGUGGUCAUCGUCCACGGCAGCCAGGACCAUAACGCCACAGCCACUGUGCUGUGGGACAAUGCCUUUGCAGAGCCAGGCAGGGUGCCGUUCGCGGUGCCCGACAAAGUGCCGUGGCCCCAGCUCUGCGAGGCGCUCGACAUGAAGUUCAAGGCCGAGGUGCAGAGCACCCGGGGCCUGACCAAGGAGAACCUGGUGUUCCUGGCGCAGAAGCUGUUCAGCAGCAGCAGCGGCCACCUGGAGGACUACAGCGGCAUGGCCGUGUCCUGGUCGCAGUUCAACAGGGAGAACCUGCCGGGCUGGAACUACACCUUUUGGCAGUGGUUCGACGGGGUCAUGGAGGUGCUCAAGAGGCAUCACAAGCCCCACUGGAACGAUGGCGCCAUCUUGGGCUUCGUGAACAAGCAGCAGGCGCACGACCUGCUCAUCAACAAGCCGGACGGCACCUUCCUGCUGCGCUUCAGCGACUCGGAGAUCGGCGGCAUCACCAUCGCCUGGAAGUUCGACUCUCCCGACCGCAACCUGUGGAAUCUCAAGCCCUUCACCACGCGGGACUUCUGCAUCCGCUCGCUGGCAGACCGCCUGAGUGACCUGAGCUACCUGGUGUAUGUGUUCCCCGACCGGCCCAAGGACGAGGUCUUCUCCAAGUACUACACGCCUGUGCUCGGUAAAGCCGUGGAUGGCUACGUGAAGCCACAGAUCAAGCAGGUAGUCCCCGAGUUUGCCACCGCCUCUGCAGACUCUGCAGCCAGUGCUACCUACAUGGACCAGGCCCCAUCCCCAGCCGUGUGUCCCCAGGCACCGUACAACAUGUACCCGCAGAACCCCGACCCCAUCCUGGACCAGGAGGGCGAAUUCGACCUGGAUGAGACCAUGGAUGUGGCCCGGCACGUGGAGGAGCUGCUACGCCGACCUGCGGGUAGCCUGGACGCGCGCCUCUCCCCGCCUGCGCGGCUUUUCCCCCCGGCCCGCAGCUCUCUGUCCUGAGCCCAAGCGCGGGCUGCUCCUGGGGUGGGCACCGCGGCAUUUGGUGGCUGCUGCUGCGCCUACAGUACUGUGUGUAUAUUGCUGCCUUGGG